GCACAAACAGCAGAUAUGGGAUCAGUAGGGAGGCUGAGUGGGAUCCAGCUUUUGCUGGUGGCCUUGGUGGCGUUUUCCUCUCUGAAUAAUCCAGCUGCUGGAGAACAGUUGGAGGUGAUGUCUGCCCCCAACCUGAUGCGAGUAGGAACAGCAGUAAACAUCUUUUUCGAGAUUCAAGACUGUAGCAGACAAGAUAACAUAAAUGUACCAGUCCUUGUGAAGAACCAUCCAACCAAAACCACAACUCUGGCAUCCACAUCUGUGACUCUCACUAGGGCAGGAAAAUACCAGGGUUUUGCAAAAGUAAAGGUCUCUUCUGAAGGGUUCAGUACAGACCCCAAAGUGAAGCAGUAUGUUACCCUUCAAGCAAUGUUCCCUGGUAAAACACUAGAGAAGGUGGUGUUGGUCUCCUUCCAGUCUGGCUACAUUUUCAUCCAGACUGAUAAGACCAUUUAUACUCCUAGCAGCAAUGUGCGUUACAGAAUUUUUGCACUGACACCUGGCAUGGAGCCUGUGGAGAGGGGACGUGCAACCCAAACAGAAUCUUCAGUUAUCAUUGAGAUUAUGACCCCUGGUGACAUCGUAGUAAAAUCUGACACUGUCUCACUGACUUCAGGGAUUAAAUCUGAAAUCUACGAGCUUCCUGCCAUUGUCAGUGAGGGACAAUGGAAGGUGGUGGGAAAGUUUCAAAGCAACCCACAACAAAGCUUCUUUUCAGAAUUUGAGGUCAAAGAAUAUGUACUCCCCAGUUUUGAAGUGAAAUUGUCAGCUGGGAAGCCCUUCUUCUAUGUGGACAGUGAUGCGCUUACCAUCGCCAUUAAAGCUACGUAUGUGUUUGGUGAAGAGGUGGAUGGAACAGCCUAUGUUGUAUUUGGGUUUAUAGAUGCCAAAAGUGAAAAAAAGGUUUUUCCAAAAUCUCUUCAAAGAGUCCCAGUCCAGAAAGGAAGAGGACAAGUCACAUUGAAUAAAGAGCACAUUACACAGACCUUCUCAAACAUUAAUGAGCUGGUGGGAAACUCCAUCUAUGUUGCCGUCAGUGUGCUAACAGGAAGUGGUGGUGAAAUGGUGGAAGGAGAGUUGAGAGGCAUCAAGAUCGUCACAUCACCCUAUACUAUCUCUUUCAAGAGGACGCCUAAGUUUUUCAAACCAGGAAUGUCUUUUGAUGUCUUGGUUGAAGUUUUGAAUCCUGACGAAUCUCCAGCCCCAAAUAUUCCUGUCGAGGUUACACCUGGAGACGUUAAGGGCACAACAGCAGGCACUGGGCUUGCAAGGCUUACCGUUAAUACUUUGGCAGACUUAAAAAUCCUGGAAAUUAGAGCAAAGACCAAGGUGGAAGACCUUACAGAAAAUAGACAAGCAUCAGCUUACAUGGUAGCUAAACCUUACGAAACCAGGAGCCAAAGUUACCUCCACAUAAGCGUGGAAACGACUGCAGUCGAAAUAAAUCAAUACAUCAAAGUCACCUUUUUACUCAGCAAGCCAGAACAAAAUGACAUUACAUAUCUGAUCUUGAGCAGAGGUCAGCUGGUGAAACAUUUCCGAUAUGAGAACAAUCGUCAAAGACAGAUUUCUCAGAUGGUUCAAUUUACCAAAGAUAUGCUUCCAUCAUUCCGCAUCGUCGCCUACUACCACACAAGUUCUAACGAACUGGUAUCCGACUCUAUUUGGGUCGAUGUACAAGACAUCUGCAUGGGAACGCUGAACCUGGAAGUAGAAGGAGCCGCUGCAUCUUAUGAACCUCGCAAGUCUUUCAAGCUGGUUAUCACAGGAGAUCCAGGGGCCACAGUGGGGCUGGUGGCAGUUGACAAAAGCGUUUAUGUUUUAAACAACAAGCAUCGCCUGACACAGAAAAAGAUUUGGGAAACAGUGGAAAAAUAUGAGCCAGGCUGCACAGCAGGUGGAGGGCAAAACAGCAUGAAGGUCUUCUAUGAUGCAGGGCUGAUGUUGCAGACCGGCAGCCUCAGUGGAACGCUUGACAGAACAGAAUCUGGGUGUCCUUCUUCCAGCAGGAGGAAACGAGCCAGCACUAUAAUGGAUGUCAGAACCAGCUUGUUGAGUGAAUACCAAGAAAAAACUGAAAAGGAAUGCUGCUUGGAUGGUAUGAGGGAUGUUCCUGUCUCAUACACCUGUGAAAGGCGCAGUGAGUAUAUUGUGGAUGAUUCAGCAUGUAGUAAGGCCUUCCUUCACUGCUGCCUGGAGAUGAAGAAACAUCAGGACGAGAACAAGGAGGAAGUCCUACAACUUGCUCGCAGUGAGGCUGAUGAUGCUUACAUGGACAGCGAUGAAAUAGUUUCCCGCACUAAUUUUCCUGAAAGUUGGCAUUGGACUGAUAUCAUACUGGGCCCUUGUCCUGAAAAUGAAAAAAACUGUAAAACCACAAAAUCUGAGCAAUUUGUGGCUUUGCCUGAUUCCAUCACAACAUGGCAGUUGACCGGAAUCAGUCUGUCAAGAACUCAUGGUAUCUGUGUGGCUGACGGCCUAGAGGUCAAAGUCUGGAAGCCAUUCUUCAUCGACCUCAGGCUUCCAUAUGCAGCUGUCCGAGGAGAGCAGCUGGAAAUUAAAGCAAUUCUCCACAACUACAAUUUUGAGGAAAUCACUGUACGUGUGGAGCUAAAAGAAGAACCUGGUGCAUGCAGUGCAGCCUAUAAGAAAGGGUGGUUCCGUCAGGAGGUCCGAGUUGGAGCAAGAACCACACGAUCCGUACCAUUUAUAAUUAUUCCUAUGAAGGAUGGAGAAGUUCGAAUUGAGGUCAAAGGAGUUGUGAAAAACUCAUACCAUGGUGACGGAGUUGCUAAGUAUCUUCGUGUUGUGCCUCCAGGUGUGCUGAUGAAAAAUUCAUUUAAUGUAACACUUGAUCCUGCAAAGAAAGGUCAAGGUGGUACUCAACGGGAAACUAUCAGGAGUGCAAUUCCAGAAACAGAUAUGAUUCCUAACACACCUACGAACACACUCAUCUCUCUAACAGGAAUAGAGCAGUUGAGUUCAUUGUUUGAGAACAGCAUCAGUGGGCAGUCUAUGGGCUCUCUGAUCAAAGAGCCCAAAGGCUGUGGCGAGCAGAACAUGAUUGGAAUGACCCUGCCUGUUAUUGCAACCAUAUAUUUGGACAAAACCAACAUGUGGGAAGACGUGGGCUUUGAGAAGCGCAACACAGCUCUUAAACAUAUAAAAACUGGCUAUGAGACGCAGCUUAAGUACCGUUUAAAUGAUGGAUCUUUUGCUAUUUUUCCACGAAGGAAGCCCACAACCUGGCUGACUGCAUAUGUUGCCAAGGUGUUCGCAAUGUCCUAUAAACUUGUGGUGAUUGAUUCAAAUGUGAUCUGCGGUGCCAUCAAGUUUCUCAUUCUGAACACACAGCAGCCUGAUGGCGUUUUUAAGGAAAUUGGACGUGUGUAUGAAAAACAUAUGAUUGGUGAUGUAGGCGGCGUAGAUUCAGACGCUUCAAUGACAGCUUUCUGCCUGAUUGCCAUGCAGGAGUCACAAUCAUUAUGUUCUCAAACUGUUAAUAGUCUGCUAAACAGCAGACAAAAAGCAGUAACCUACCUGGAGAGGCAAAUUACCAGGCUCACCAAUCCCUAUGCAGUUGCAAUGGCAUCAUAUGCCCUGGCAAAUGAAAACAAACUGAACAAGCAGGCCCUCUACAAGUUUGCUUCCCAAGAUCGGUCCCACUGGCCAGUACGUAAGGGACACAUUUACACGCUGGAGGCCACAGCUUAUGCUCUACUUGCACUUGUCAAGGCUCAGGACUUUGAAAAUGCCAAGAAUAUUGUGAGAUGGCUCAGCCAACAGCAGAAGGGAGGUGGAGGAUAUGGAUCAACUCAGGCCACUAUAAUGGUGUACCAGGCUGUAGCAGAGUACUGGACCAACGCAAAAGAACCACAAUACAGUCUGGAUGUAGACAUAUUGUUACCAGGCAGGUCUCUGGUAGACAAAUACAAAAUUAACAGGGCCAAUCACUAUCAGACAAGAAGUUCCAAGUUUGAUGGAAUAAACAAGGAUGUAGAAGUGACUGCCAAAGGAACAGGAGAAGCUGUUUUCAGGAUGGUGUCACUCUAUUAUGCUAUGCCUAUAAAUCAGGAAACAGGUUGUGAGAUGUUUGACCUGAAACUGGACCUCAAGCCAGAGAAAAUUGAAGAGAAUCAAAGAAUAUACAAGUUGACGAUAGAGAUUCUGUAUAAGAACAAGGACAAGAGUUCAUCAAUGACAAUCUUGGAUAUUGGUUUACCAACUGGCUACACUUUUAACCAAAAUGACUUGAAUGCAUUGUCUUCAGGAAAAUACCCCCUUAUUUCAAAAUAUGAGACGGACAAACUUCUCUCAGAAAAAGGCUCUCUCAUGAUUUACCUGAAUUCGGUUACAAACACAAGGCCAGAGGAGGUCGCUUUCAGGAUCGAACAGACGAUGAAAGUAGGCGUCUUGCAACCAGCUGCUGUGUCAGUUUAUGAAUAUUAUAACAGGAAGCAUUGUGUGAAAUAUUAUCGUCCAGAGAGACAAAGUGGAGAGCUCCUGCGGCUUUGUACUCGUGAUGAAUGUAUAUGUGCGGAAGAGAACUGCAGCAAGCAAAAAAAGGAGAAUAUCGACAAUGAUCAACGCACUAAUAAAGCUUGUGAAUCCUCAAGUACAAGCAAAAUAGACUUUGUUUACAAAGUGAAGGUGGAAGAUUUUAGUGAUGGUUUGAACACUGACAUUUACAGAAUGCGGGUAUUGCACGGUAUUAAAGUAGGAAGUAAAGAUCAAGCUCCACUAGGUCAACUUCGCACAUUCCUCAGUUAUCAGCACUGCAGAGAGGCUUUAGAUCUGAGAGUGGGCAAAGACUUCCUGAUCAUGGGAUCAUCAUCUGAUAUUCACAAAGAUGAAAAUAAUGCAUACCAGUAUGUGCUUGGUGAGAAUAGCUGGAUCGAGUACUGGCCCACCCGUAUUGAGUGUCAAAUGUACCAACACCGACCUACUUGUGUGGGCAUGGAGGAGCUACAGGACCAAAUUGAGACCUUUGGAUGUCAAAUGAAAUGAAACUGAACAAAACCAAAUCAUGGUUUUAUUGAAUUUUUCUCCUGUUUUUCCCUUUAUUCUAUUAUGAGCAUUGAUUUCAAGCUGAUAAAUAAUACUUAUAACAAUCUGCUUAAGUGACAGCAUUUACAUUUGCUUGAGAAAGUUGUCAGACUACUGAAAGGAAACUGUCUCCUCAGUUUGGCCAAAAUUGCUGAAAAAGUAAUUAUUUGAAUAAAGUCAUGCAUUUAAAAAUG